CAUUCGGUGACAGUCAUAGCGGAAAUGCACCGCACACCUCGCCGACACACACGGCCCGCAUAUAAGACGCAGAGAGACAGAAGGCAGACACGACGGGACCGCAGAGGAGCGCGCUGAAGUUGGACUCUUGAGGGCGAGACGACGCAACCAUGCUGCUGUUGUCGAGAGCGUUGUUGCUGCUGGGCCUGGCCGCACUGUCGCACGGCAGAAGAAACGGCAACGGCAACGGCGUCUCGGUGAAGUUUGGAAGCGGAGCCGGGCCGAAGGGCAAGCCGGUGAGACUGGUCCUGGAUCCCUCGGCGCGGCCCGAGAUCAGCGCCUUCGCCUCAGCCGUCGCCAACAUGUCUCUGUCACCGUGGACGUACAGAGACUCCUGUGUGGAAUCUCGGUUGCCCAGAAGAAUUUCCCAUGCUCAGUGCCUGACCUCUGGCUGUCUGAGCCUGCAGGGAGGAGGGGAGGAUGCUUCCCUGGAGGCUAAACCCAUCCACUACCAGGUCCUGGUCCUCCACAGAGUCCCAAGGGAAAGGCGGAAUAAGAGAAGGGGGAGAAAAGCACGACAGAGGUAUGACUUCCGCCUGGGGACGGAGGUGAUCACAGUGGGCUGCACCUGCGUGAGGCCCAGUGUCGUUCCACUGCGCUGACACACAGGAGGAUUCUGACGUAAGCAGUUCUUCCGGCGUGAUGUUACAGUUGUUUUCACCAAUUUAUAACUUUAAAAAAAAAAAACCCCAGCUAUGAUUUUAAGUUAUCACCGUUUGUGUUCGGUGAAGUUGUGACUGUGAUUUAUUGGUGCAAGCAUGUUCGUCGCCUGUCGCCAUCUGCGGUGGUCGCCAACAAGCCAUAUGACUUGUCCCAAUGUCAUGAACUCAUCAUGCAGAUCAAUAUCACCAUGCCACUUGCCACAAUGUGACCCGGCUUUUAAUAUGUUCGCUGGAAAAAAAUUCAUACUCAGAUAAUUUCAGAAGAACUGCAUUUCUUUCUGCCCCCUAGUUGUGAAGAGUGUCUUUAAUGAAGCUUGCAAGGGAUGUAGUUGAAAUUUAUUUGCAUUUGCUAUGCUGAUGUAUACUUUUGUUGCUGUGUAUUUUUUAAUUUAACAUUUUGUCUUUUGUCAGUGUUUUGUGGCAGUCUUAUCUCAGAUUUUAUAACCUUGCUCUUAUUGUAAACAACAUAAAAAUGCCUUCAUUAAAGUUUUUUUUAAUCUCAA